GAAGCAACCAAUGUUGGAAUUGGCCAUAAAAGGUGUGGCCGAAGUCACAGGUACGGCCAUGCUUUUAUUUUUGGGCUGUAUGGGCUGUGUGACCGGAUUGGCCCAAACGCAUUUGGCCAUUUGUCUUAAUUUUGGAUUUGCUGUACUCAUCAUUGUCCAGAAUUUUGGUCAUUUAAGUGGAGCCCACGUGAAUCCUUCAGUAACAAUUGCAGCCCUGAUUAUGAGGACAAUUACACCAAUUACAGGGGCAGUUUAUAUAGUAUGCCAAUUUUUGGGGGCAUUUUUGGGCUUCGGAUUGUUAAAGUUAUUAACUCCACGUAACAUGAUUUUGGGUAUAACAGAAUCAGUAAAUGCCAGCGACGCCAGUCCCGGAUUUUGCGCAACAAUGCCCCAUUCGCAACUUUCAGACAUCCAGGCAGCUGGUGUAGAAUUCAUAACAACCGGAAUUCUGGCAUUUGUUUGCUGUGCAGUUUGGGACCAUAGAAAUGCCAAACACCACGAUUCUGUAUCUAUAAGAUUCGGUUUGACCAUUGCUGGUUUGGCCCUGGCCAGUGGUCCCUACUCAGGUGGCAGUAUGAAUACAGCUAGAUCUUUAGCUCCGGCUCUGUGGAACGGCCAAUGGGAGCACCAUUGGGUUUACUGGGUAGGGCCCCCACUAGGCUCCUUGGUAUGGACUUUGUUCUAUAAAUUCGUGUACAGGACCGAACCAGAAAUUGUCGAAAAUAGAGACGAAGGUGUCCCUUUGAGGGAUAUAGAACAUAAUAAAUCGUAAAUUAAAAAUAAAAUCUCGUAAAAGAGAUUUUGAAAUGGAAAAUUAUAAUAGUUUUCAAGUUCUGGUUUUGUGGAUGAAUUUAGACAAGGAUUUUUUGAGUGUCUAAAUUUUUUGUUUUAUUAAGUUUGAAACGUUUUUUUUCUCAUAUAGACAAAUAUUUAAUA